UAAAUUUCUUGUUUACUAGUUUUGACAAGUACAAUUCACAGUUUUCCCCAAUUGUGUUGGUUUGCAGAUAUGUACUAUAGUUAGAAGUAUGUUUAAUGGCUUGAAAUGGAGCGAAAACAUCAAUAUUUUGUGGUCACAAGUUUGGUUUUCAUCAAUUAUUUUAACACUUUGUUUGGCACAUUUGUGUUCGAUGAUAGUGAGGCAAUAGUUAAAAACAAAGAUGUUAUGCCUCAAACACCAAUCCUCCAAUUGUUCCAGAAUGAUUUCUGGGGCACAAAUAUUUCGCUAAAUUCAAGCCAUAAAUCCUACAGACCUCUAACAAUUAUGACAUACAGGAUAAAUGUACUGUUAUCAAAUAAUAAGUUGAAUGCCUACCAAUUCCAUACAACGAAUAUAAUCUUAUAUGCAAUACUUUGUCUAAUGCUCUUACCAAUCUUUAAAACUCUCACUGCUGGCAGCAGAAAAGUUUUAUUUGAUGUACCUUUUCUGUCAACAAUUUUAUUUACUGUGCAUCCAAUUCAUACAGAGGUGGUUGCUGGACUAGUUGGAAGAGCUGAUAUUCUAAGCUCAAUUUUAUUUUUUACAACCCUCAUCUUUUACAAGAGGCUGCUCAAGAACAACUCAUUGGCUUUAUUCUUAAUUAUUUCAAUAUUAGUAACUGCAGCAGUGCUUUGUAAAGAGACUGCAAUAACAGUGCUAGGCUUUUGCAUAGUAUAUGAUUUUUUCCAUACAACUGGCUCAAUUAAGGAUGUUAUAAACAACAAAAGUUUCCUGUACAGAUUAUUAGGUUUAGUAACGUUGGGAAUUCUUAUAAUGUAUUUUCGUUUAUCUGUGAUGAAUUUCCAAGGGCCAAUUUUUACGAAAAUUGAUAACCCUGCAGCAUACACCAAUGAUACAUUUUCAAAGAUAUUCACGUACAAUUAUAUAUAUUUUCUGAACAUACUUCUACUGUUGUGGCCCCAAUGGUUGUGUUUUGAUUGGGCAAUGGGUUGUAUCCCACUAAUUGAAAGUAUUUGUGAUAUUAGGGUUUUUUUUAUUUUCAUCCUGUGGAUAUUUGUCUUCACUGGAAUUUAUAUAGUCUUAAAAAAGGAUUCUUAUAACAAAUACAGAGUACCUACAAUUAUGGGGGCUGCUUUAAUAGUUCUACCAUUCAUACCGGCAUCCAAUUUAUUCGUAAAGGUCGGAUUUGUGAUUGCAGAAAGGACUUUGUUGUUGCCAAGUGCGGGAUUUUGCUUACUUGUUGUUAUUGGUUUCACAAAACUGAUAGGAGGAAUGAAAAACAACAAAAUUGCAUACGGAAUAUUUUAUUUGAUCUGUGCAUUGCUUUCCAUGCGGACAGUCCAACGAAACUUCGAUUGGUUAAGUGAGGAGAGGUUGUUCAAUUCAGCUUUGAACGUUUGCCCUUUAAAUGCCAAAGUCCAUUAUAAUGUUGCCAAAGUAGCUGCAGAUAGGCACAACAAAAUACUGGCGAUUACCGAAUAUGAAAAGGCGAUCGAGUUGAACCCUAACUAUGAACAGGCUAUGAAUAAUUUGGCUAAUCUAUUGAGGGAAGAUAAGAAAUUUGAAGAUGCCGAAGUUCUAUUACGAAAAGCUGUUAAAGUUAGGCCGAAUUUUGCUGCAGCAUGGAUGAAUUUGGGAAUAGUGUUGACAAAUUUAAAUCACACCAAAGAAGCUGAACAAUGCUUUUUGAAAGCAAUAACGUUCCGACCAAAGUAUCCAGAUUGUUACUAUAAUUUAGGAAAUUUGUAUUUAGAUUUGAAACGUAUGGAGGAAGCUUUGAAAGCGUGGGAGAAGGCAGUAUUUUAUCGUCCUACUCAUACUGCAGCUUGGAGUAAUACACUCGUACUUCUCGAUAGUUUAAACAAAUAUGAGAGGGUGUUGAAAUUAGGAAGGACUGCUCUAAUGCAUAAUCCAAAGUCUCCGGCGCUACAUUUCAGCCUAGCGAAUACUUUGGGAAAAUUGCAGAAAUUUGAAAACGCCGAAAAACAUUUUCUCGAGGCUCUUAAUUUCAAUCCAUACAAUGCUCUAUAUUACAGCAAUUUAGGUGUUUUAUAUCAUCGUUGGGGCAAGACUGAGAAAGCGCGUGAAAUGUACAAACGAGCUCUGCAAAUCGAUCCCAAGAUGAAAACCACCGAGAAUAAUCUCAAAAAAUUGAUGAAUGCUCAAAAUGAUACCAUAUAAGUAUGUCUAGUAUUAUUGUAAUUUAUUUCUUAUUUAUUUGAACUAAAAAUUGUAACAUUCCACCUGUUUUAAAGCAAUAAAGACGGGAAUAGAGUAAA